GACGAGGCAUGCUAAUUGAAGCUAUGCGAUUGGGACCGCACUAUCCUCCUCCACGACCGCUGCACAUGCACCUCGGAUUCGUGACGACCGUCGUCGAAUGAUAUUGGUCCGUUUACCUCUACCUUUACCUCCACGGGCGACCGGGAACCAUGCAGAACAGAAACUCAUCGAAAUCGAAGUUGUCUUACGGAAGCCUGCUCUAGAUUUAUACGCACAAUUUUGAACUCUGAACUCUGAAGCAAGUCCGAAAUGGCCGUCGCUGCUUUUAUCACGCCCUCGAACGCUUGCUAUGCAGUCAAGUGUGACUCAUGUGGGAAGACGACUUGGAAGGGAUGUGGUCAACAUGUUGAAUCCGUGAUGAAGGACGUUGCGGAGGAGGAUAAGUGCAAGUGCUCCCGAGACUGAGCUAGAGUUGAACGAGUGAUGAUGGACAGAUGGGAAGCGAAGUUCAAGCGGCGGUGAUGCGUUGAUUUGGCGGAACACGCAGGGGUACAUAGCAGCGGUCAAAGCAGAAUUGGAAGCAUUCAAUGUUGUACGAAGAAAUACGGACGAAGGACAUAUAUUUACUUUCAC